AUGUUUUCGAAAUUCAUAAGAAUUGCUAUGAGUAAAAUAAUGCAGCAACGAUUAUUAUAUUAUGUUAUUGCUAAUUUGAAAAUUGAAUACAAUCAUAGAAUAAAAUAUAAAAGUUUAACUCCGACAAUUCCAUUUUACUUUGCCAGCAUAUGGGGUAUUGCGAAUAGAAAAAAUGAGGACAAAUCUUCUUUAACAACAAGAGAUAUACUUCUGGCCAAAGCUGAUGUUUUAUUUGAUCAAGAAGAUUACACAGAAAUUUAUAAAUUGCUAAACAAUUAUAAGGAUGAUAAAGAUGUUGAAAUACUAUGGCGAUUGAGUCGAGCAAUGUAUAAGAUAUCAAAAUUUAUAAUAAGUGAUUCGGAAGCAAAGAAGCUAGUGUACGAAGCAUAUGACUUGAUAUGUCAAGCUCUUACUUUACAAGAAGACCAUUGGGCAGUUCAUAAAUGGUUCGCUAUUUUAUUAAACAAGAAAACCUCUUAUGAAGGAAUUAAAAUAAAAAUUAAAGAGCUAUACAAUAUUAAAAAACACAUGAUGAGAGCAUCUGAAUUAAAUCCUGGAGAUGCGACAACGCUAUAUAUGAUAGGUAUUUGGUGUUAUCAACUAGCAGAUUUAGCUUGGUAUCAAAGAAAAAUAGCAUCGACAAUAUUUACCGAGCCACCAACUUGUCCAUUCGAGGAGGCUCUACGAUAUUUUGAACAAGCUGAGAACGUUGAUCCAAACUUCUAUAGCGAUAAUCUUUUAAUGAUUGGAAAAACAUGUUUGAAACUGAAUAAAAAAGAGGAUGCAUUAAAGUAUUUGAAAAUGGCUUCGCAAUAUCCAGCUAAAAACGAUGAUGAUCAAACUGCAAAGCAAGAGGCAAUAAGGCUUUUGAACAGUUUAUGA